CCUUUUCACUCAACAGAAAAAAAAAACAAAGAUUAAAGAUCGAUUAUCUGAGAAUAUGCCUACGACGACGAGAAGAUCUCCGAUAGAAUCUCUAAAACUCCCCACUGGUUACUCGCGGGAGGAGUUUGAGAGAGCUUGCGAGUUCGUGAAGAAAGUAAAAGAGAUUGAUGAAGAACAAAACCACAGAGGAAUCUUCACUCAAUAUGUCACUGCGAUGAAACUUUAUCGAUCUGGAUCUUUGAACAUGGUCGAGGUCAAAAACAGAAUCACGACUAUUUUCAAGAACUGCGACGUUUUGCUCGAUGGCUUUUAUCGGAUUAUGAAAGAUUCGGAUUUGGAUUCUCGUCGAGACCAUAUUGUUAUUGAUCUGUCGGAUCUUAAACGAAUGAUUGAGUUCUUAAAGGCGUUGAGGAAAGAGUCUGAAAGAUUACGUCUAGGGUUUUUAGAGGCUUUCGUGAGAUUCAAGGAACAUAAAGAUGGACAAGUUCUGAAUGGAGAAGUUGACCUGAUGUUACGAAAUUACCCUUUUCUGAAAGAAGAAUUUAGGAUGAUCCUACUCGAGAAUGGUAUAGUACAAGAUGAAAAACGAGAUGAGAUUACGUUUGAUAGAGAGGAUGAGAUGUUCGAAAAAGACAUGUACUUUCAUUCUAUAGAAUCAGCAAUUAAGUUUGCGGCGGCGGAGGAGGAUAAAAAGAUGAAGAAGCCGCCCGCGGGUGUUUAUGGAGCCAUGAGACGGUUAUAUGCACAACGGCGUAGACCAUUGCCACGAGGAUUCCUGAGAGAUCCGAAACUUGCGGUACGAAGAGUUUUAUCACCUUUGCAGUGGAAGCACAACGAGUUGCUCAAGAAGAAGAACAGAAGAAAGUUGCUUAAGAAAGUGCAAAAGGUGAAUGAAUCAUUGGUUGUUUUUAAGUUCGAUUAAAAGAUUUAGUAGUGUGUGUGUGUAUUUUUUUUUUGUUAAGGAAAGUAUUUGGUCUACUAGGAGUUUAGAGCUAAUGAGCUCCGGAUAUUGUAUCUACUUAAAUGCAUAAUUAAGUACAAAACCUUUG